GGUAACUUCUGUCGUCAGGAGGAAGUUCUUGGAAAAUCGAGGCGCUCAAAAGAGAAAGAAGUGGCCUGUAAAAGCUCUCCUACAAACAUAACCGAGUAUGGAAGCGAACAGACCUCCACAGACAUCAGCCGCAAAUGCUUCUGGACCAGAGGAGACCAAAAUCACGGCAGCUGCUGCCCAGGCCGUCAGCCGCCUGCCUGAAGUCCGUCUGGUGGUGUUGGGCUGGAGGUGGCCGGGGAAGAGCUUGACGGGCAACACCAUCCUGGGCAGGGAAGAAUUUCACCUGGAACGAGCGGCUGAGUUCUGUGUAAAGAGGCAGGCGGAGGUGGAGGGACGGCAGGUGACCGUGGUUGACACUCCGGGCUGGUUCUCCGCUCAGGAUACACCGCCCUCCUACAAAAAGGAGCUAGUCCGGGGCCCGUCUCUUUGCCCCCCAGGUCCUCACGCCUUCCUGCUCGUCAUCCCUGUAGGCAUGUUCACCGAGGUGGACCGCUCACGCAUCGAGGAGCACGUGAGCCUUUUUGGGGAGCAUGUUUGGAGGCACACGAUCGUGGUGUUCACCUGGGCAGAGGUGUUGCGGACCAUUUCCAUCGAAAGGUACAUACGCAGGGAGGGCAAGGAGCUGCAGAGGGUGCUGGAGAAAUGCAAGAAGAGGUACCUUGUUAUUAACAACUGCAUAUUUGGAGAGAACCCCCAGGUGGGACGCUUAAUGGAGAGGGUGGAAAAGAUGGUGGCAGAGGAGAGGGGUCACUACAGUCUAGAGGAGAAAUGUGUGGAUGACAACCAGAAUCCACCCAGUGGAGCGCGGGAGUUGGGGGCCCGGCCCAAACAGAACUCUGGGCUGGAUCUGUCAAAAAACAUGGAUGUGGGGCCGCUUACCCCUGAGUGAUGAGUCCGCUUGCUCUUGAGACGGUAAAGUCUUGAGGGAAAUUUCUGUAAAUCAAAGAUCCCAUUAUAUUAAUUUGAGACAUUAACCAUAUAAUCAUCCAUCCAUCCAUUUGUUGUAGCUGCUUAAUCCAACACAGGGUCACAGGGGUCUGCUGGGGCUAAUCCCAGUUUAUAUAAUUAAACACAUCUAAUGAAUAUUAUGUUAAUAACUGCUCACUUCACCAAUUGUUCAUGAAAUUCAAAAGGCUUUUCAAAAUGUUAACUUGCUUCAUGUGAUCGUUUGCUUCAUGGUAUGAAUGUUGUGUCGACUGAAGCAGUGAUUACACGUCAUAUAUCUCAAAAUUUUACCUUUUGAGAAUACGUUUGUAAUGCCCUCCUCUUUCCUCCAUAAGAACCAAAGAAGCUCAAAGUAAGGCAGACACCAAACUAUACUACAUUAUAAUUUCUCUGGUUUUUCAGAAUACUUGACUGACAGUGAUUUUUGGCAAGAUGAGCUCUAGUUAAAACUUUUUAUGGCAGUUUGUUUUUGGUUCCAGAUUAAUGAGCCUCUCAGGAUGGCAAACCUGCAUAAAAAAAGGAAAGAAAAUUGAAAUGUUACUGAAUGUUGCUUGAAAGAAGUGUGUUUUAUCAUAUUUAUAUUUAUGAUAAUCACAAUAAGUUACUGUUGUAAUUCUUGAUGAUUUAUUUCAUUUCACUGUGAUACGAGAGGCCUUUUUAACCAUCUACUGUCAAAAGAUUUCCUCUUUAUUAUUAGUCUGUAAUCAUACCUGCAAACUCAGAGGUGCUGAGAAAAAAGUGACCACGGUGAAUCGUAUGCAUUGAACUGGUUGGCCUACGGUUAACCAUAACACACAAUAAAUAACAGACAAUCUACAAAAAAGGGAUCACGACACAGUUUAGCAACUUUGGAAAAAGCUUCAUUAAAUGCUAUAAAAAUGGUCAAAAUGUAUGGCCUUGAUUGUGAUUGCUCAAACGACUCGCAUGCACAUGUUGGUUUUCAUUAAAGAUGUAUAAUUCCGAAGAUGACACUGAAGGUAA